CAAGCAGCAGCUGAAGAUAAGGGUCCGGAUCUGGUUUAUCUCAGACAUUUUCUCAUCUGAUGGGCGACAUAGUAGCUUUCUAGCGCGAGAUGCAUUCAGUCGAAGGAAUAAGUUGAUCGGGUGCUGGUUUGCAGCUAGACGAGCGCAUCGCUACGCCUCGGCGGAAGCACGCUGUCCUCAUUUCAGGCAAACUUCGUGUGACGUUAGCUGCUUGGAAAGUGUGAUAAAAUGAAAAACGAUCGGAUCUUUCACGAGAAAAGCUUGUUGGUGCAAUCUUUAAAGAUUAGCAGCAACUUAGAUCGAAAGAAGUCACUCUCGACGUCGAUCAUUCCUUCGCAAAAUCAAAACUAUCUUUGUGUACCGUUGAAAUAUGGCGGACUGCAACAGACGCCGAAGGCAGCUGAAGCGGAAAAUGCUUUCGAGGAUAUCGCUAUUCACCUGCCAGUGGAUAGCAAAUCGUACCAAUCGAUACCACGAUCGACUUCACAAUCGACGCUGACGAUACCAGAGAACUACAGCUUCACUUCAGUACACAUUCAGAAAUACAAACGAAGAUGGGUGAUGCUGGUUCUUGGGAUGUUGAGCAUAGCAAUCUCCUACGUUCAGUGGAUCCAGUACAGUAUUAUAGCGAAUAUUGCUAUGAAGUAUUAUAGCGUUAGCUCGGUGUGGGUGGACUGGACGUCGAUGAUUUUCAUGGUGGUGUAUAUCGUGUGCGUGUUUCCGGUUUCCUACGUCAUGGAUGUUCGGAAUAUGCGUCAAACGUGUGUGAUAGGAUCGGUUGGAACGGCUAUUGGUGCGUGGAUAAAAGUGUUCUCAGCCGAUCCCGAACAGUUCAAGAUGGUCCUAUUGGGUCAAACUGUGACUGCAUUCUCGCAAGUGUUCCUUCUUAGCAUUCCAUCUAGGCUGGCUUCGACGUGGUUUUCACCAGAAGAAGCAUCCUCAGUUUGUGCUUUUGGAGUAUUCGCAGCACAGCUGGGUACUGCGGCUGGUUUUUUCUUCACACCGAUUGUUGUCUCCAACAGUGAGGAUAUUGCUCAAAUCGGUAUUGAGCUGCAAAUCUUUUUGAUGGCAAUUGCUGGAAUCUCUACGAUGAUCGCAUGCAUGGUGAUUGCUGUUUUCAAAUCGGCACCUCAGUUCGCCCCAAGCCACGUCCAGGCACUCCAGAGAACAAUGAAACCGAAACGGAAAGAUUACUGGCCAGCCGUUGGGAGACUGAUGCAUGAUGACAACUUUCUGAUUCUAGUAAUAUCCUAUGGAAUCAACGUUGGAAUCUUCAAUGCGUUCUCAACUCUGCUGAAUCAGAUUGUAACCAACUAUUUUCCAACGGGUGAAACGGAUGCUGGUCGGAUUGGUUUGGCUUUGAUCCUGCUCGGUUUGAUAGGUUCGAUGGUUUUCGGUUACUUGCUGGACACGAUGCAUAAAUACAAAGCAAUGGCUGUAUGGGCCUGCCGACUGUCUGCCGUGACGCUAAUCAUUUUCGCUCUGGCUUUGGAAAGUCGAUCGAAGAAACUCGUGUCUGUUGCGUCGGUGUUUCUUGGGUUCUUCAUGACGGGUUUCCAGCCGAUCGGAUACGAGUUCGCAGCGGAGCUAACAUUUCCUGAACCGGACGGUCCGGUGUCAGGCAUAAUGAAUAUCUCCACACAGAUCUUCGGUAUAGCCAUUACGUUGCUCAUUUCCGGGAUACAGGAUAUUCUUGGGGAUUUUGUUGGAAACAUGAUAUUCGCGGCAUUUCUGCUGAUCGACGCCAAUGUUAUCUCGCUGAUCAAAUCGGAAUUGCGCCGGUACAACACCCACCUGGAGAUCGAACAUGAGGCGGCCAAGGAAUUCGCUGAGGAUGCUUUCGCGCACAUGAACUCGCUGGCUAAUAGCUACGAGGACAUGCCCCUAAAGCUUAAAAUAGACGACUGCGGCUAGCUUGGAGACGCAUGGAUUUUCUGACUUUUUUUAGAUAAGUUCCAGCAAGGUGAUAAAGAAGUUCAUAACAUGGACCAUAUGAAAAGUGGGGAAAAUGUGACAACAAAGACUGCGUGAAUCAUUUUGUCAAACGAAUUUGUGUACUCUAAUCUGAAUACGUAUGUUAAUAAAUC